CGGAACCCGGAACAUGUCGCUGACUUUUCUACAUCGGAGGACUUAACAGACUUAGAUCCGCCAGUGGUAGAGGUCAAAGUUCGUUAGUAGAUGGUAUUGUACCGGUUAACUGAAACUGUGACAGGUUACAAAAGCGGAUGCAGUCAGUGAGAUAUGUUUACAGGCUUCGGGUCGUGAAUCGCCACAUCGCCAGUAUGGCGGCACAAUCAAACAAUCACAGUACUGCUGGUAUUAUCGUGAUAGGGGAUGAAAUACUGAAGGGGCAGACAGCAGAUACAAACUCUCAUUUUAUCUGCAAACAUCUCUACUCUAUGGGUGUGAAGGUUCAAAAGAUUUCUGUGAUUCCCGAUGACUUGAGCACAAUAGCGAGUGAAGUGGCUGAGUUUUCACAGCGAUACACCCACGUCAUCACGUCUGGUGGGAUCGGGCCCACUCAUGAUGAUGUUACAUUUGAAGGGGUUGCCAAAGCAUUCAAGGAAGACAUCAUUCCACAUCCUGAUCUUGUGGAGCUGAUAAAAAAAUACUUCAACACCGAGGACCUCAAGUCUCCCAAAAUGAAAAUGGCCUAUAUUCCGCGGAGUGCCAAGAUCCAGUAUGGAGUGAACAAGACCACGGGAGAGCGAACGCGCUAUCCACUUGUCUCUGUACACAAUGUGUACAUGUUCCCGGGGAUUCCUUCCAUACUGGAACAUGCCUUUGUCUUACUCAAGGAUAACUUUUGCAACCCUGGUGUGGAGUUUCACUCAAAGUAUAUUUAUGUUAAUCUCGAUGAGGUUUCUAUCACGUCCAUAUUGAAUGAGGUGGAUAGCAAGUUUAAAGAGCAUGUUGUACUGGGGUCAUAUCCAGACAUUAACAACAGUUAUUACAAAGUGAAGUUGACUUUGGAAUCAUUGAGCCCCCAGCACUUGGAAGAUGCCUGCAACCAUUUGAAGACUGUUCUGCCGCCAGAUUGUAUUGUGGACUUUGACACUGAUCCAGUUCAACAUGCCGUCCAGCACAUCAACGACAUUGUGAAGUGUGAGGGACAGAGUCUGUUUAACAGCCGCAUCCACAGUGCCGUACAAGUUAUAGAGGAAUGUCUCGACAAAUACAGGUUGGAUGAGGUGUGUGUUGGUUUCAAUGGUGGAAAAGACUGCACAGUUUUGCUGCAUUUGUUUCAUGCUGUUGCCAGGAGAAAGUUUCCCGAUUACAAAGACAAACUGAAGGCUCUGUACAUUCGUAGCAAGCUUCCGUUCCCGGAAGUAGAAAAAUUCAUCCAGCUCUCUCGUGACAGGUACAACUUAGAAAUGCUUCAUUUCAACGGGCGGAUCAGGAAUUGUCUUGGAGAACUGCAGCAACAGCAUCCAGUCAUCAAGGCUGUUGUCAUGGGAACCAGGCAGACAGAUCCAUUCUCAAGUGGUCUAACGUCAUUCACCAUGACAGAUUCCGACUGGCCACAGUUCAUGAGAGUGAACCCGAUUUUAGACUGGACCUAUCACGAUAUCUGGCACUUCCUCAGAUCCUUCAGUCUGCCAUACUGUAGUCUUUAUGAUCGAGGGUACACGUCACUAGGCAGCAUGAACAACACCCACCCCAACCCAACCCUGCAGUAUAUAGACAAGCGAGGUAUUGUGUGUUAUAAACCUGCCUAUCAGUUGGAGGACAGCAGCAAGGAAAGAGAUGGACGCAACAAGUGAUGUAAUCAUUCUAAUCAACAAAAAACUCUAUUUGGGUUACAAACUGCAUAUCAGAAAACAAUAGAAGAGAAAGAGAUGGACGGAACAAGUGAAAUAUCAUUCUAAACAAACAAACAAAAUCAUUGUGCAUUAUAAAGUGAAUAUCAGAAAAUGUUAGAUGAAAGAAAGAUGAUCAUUCUACCAGUUAGAAGAUGGCAGAAACAAAAUAAGUGACAUGAUAAUUUUAAUCAUCAGAAAAUAGCAUUGUGUGUUACAAUCUGCAUAUCACUUACAAGAUGGUAGAAAAGAAAGUGAUGGAGAAAUAAGUGACACGAUUACUUUAAUCAUCAGAAAACAGAGGACAGAUGUCUGCUGACACACUCAAGAUAAGAUCUAUAAGAGUUACAAUCUGUAUAUCGGAUCAAAGAUGGCCGAAAAAAUAAAAGAUGGACAAAAUAAGUGAUGUAAUUAUUGUAAUCAACAGAAAUUAGCAUUGUGUAUUACAAACUGCAGUGAGAAGACAGCAGUAAAGAAAGGGAGAAAAUAAUGACGUGAUCAUUUUACUGGUAAUGAAAAGAAGACAAGUCCAGUGAUCAUUCUAACCAACAAAAAUCAUUUUGUGUGAUAAAACUGAAUAUCAGAAAACAUUAAAGAUGGAAGAAAGAAGUGACACAAUAAUUCUACUAGUUAGAAGAUAGCAGAAACAAAAUAAGUGACAUGAUCAUUUUAAUCAUCAGAAAAUAGCAUUGUGUGUUACAAGCUGCAUAUCACUUAUAAGAUGGUAGAAAAGAAAGUGAUGGAGAAAUAAGUGACAUGAUUAUUUUAAUAAACAGAAAACAGGAAAGAUGUCUGCUGACACACUCAAGAUAAAGAUCUAUAUUUAUAUACCAUUAUGGCUUGCUGCUGGUACUCAAGACAAGAUCAGCUCUAAACAGUCAGCAAAGUUCAGGCAUGUUCAUCAACAACAAACCCAGUUUUGUGUUGUAGCUCACAAGUCUUGGGUGGAUUUUCAAUAUUAAACACAUUUCAUCUUGAAGAUGAGAAAAAGAAAUGAACAAUAAAAAGCCACCCUGGAAUAACACUGAUAAA